AUGGAAAUUACAGCAGCGUUUUUAUUUUUAUUUAAUUUCGUAGUAAUAGGGACGAAGUGUGCAGAUUUUCAAUGUGAUGUAACCUAUGCCCUAAAGAUAACAAGCAGCGUUAGUGGCUGUGAAGACUUCAAGAAUGAUUUUAUGGAUUGCACUGAUUUAAUAUUAGGCACAGAAAAAGGAGACGUCGGGAAUAUAGCUAAAUUAGGUGGUAAAGUGGUAACUGCGGCCGACAUCAGUUGUGACUUUGAUUGUGAAGUAGACAUAUGGAAAGUGUUGGAUAUGGGUAACGAGUAUAUGUACAACAUGAAAGUGAAUUUUGGCAGUAGUUUGAAAGAUACGGAUGCGCCGUGGUAUCCAGUGUUAAAGAAUCUAAAUAUCACUGAAUGUCCAGUCCCUAGCAAUGUGUUCGAGAUGGCAGAGUUGGAACUAUCUUUAGACUGCGUUAAAGAUGUGUUGACUCAUGAGUUUUGUGGAGACUAUCGAAUACAGUUUUGCUUCAUAGAUGUGACGGAUAAGAUUUCAUGUCACACACUUGAUAUUUGUAUAUUCGAAGUAGAAGCCGAUGAUUGCUAA